AUAUUAGUUUGAAUCGAAUUUAAUGGAGUACAUAUCCUGCUUAAUAAUUUUUUCAGCCAUAUAUGUUCUGUAUUGCUGUAAAACUUACAUCAGAACGGUAUGUCUAUCGUUGAGUUUACCUGGACCUACAGCUUUACCAGUUUUAGGAAAUGUUCUUAUAUUAAACAACACAAAAAAAUUGGAAGAAUUGGGAACCAAGGCUUACCAACUUUAUGGUCCAUUUUUCAGAAGUUGGGUAUCAGUCAUCCCGUUUUUCUUUAUUUACGAACCAAGGCAUUUGAAAAUAAUACUAGCUGGGAAGAAUUCACAAAAAAAUGUUUUGUACAAGCUUUUACAUAAUUUUGUUAGAAGAGGAAUAAUAACCAACAAUGGGGAGAAAUGGAAAACGCAUCGGAAAUUAAUUCAGCCUCAUUUUCAUGUUAAUAUUUUAGAAAAUUAUAUAAAUACAUUCUCGGAGAGCACGAAAGAACUUUUAAGUAAUUUAGAGGAGGACAAGGAUAUUAAGAUUACACCUGUUACAAAUAAAUGCAUUUUAAGCAUACUUCACAAUUCAGAGUUCAGAUACAAAAUAAAAAUGCCGCAAGGAAGGCGAAAGACUCCUUUUAGUGGGAAGGCAAAGAAAGAGCAAUUAAAAGCAAAGAAACAGUCUAAACAGCUAGGUGUUAAAAAUCCAGCAUUUCUUCAAGAUUAUAAUCGUGGAGAUGAAGGAUCAAGUAAUAUACAAAAAAUAAAUUUCCAACCAUCAAAAGACAGUAGUUCGAAACCAAACAAAUAUGCUUUACAGUUUUUUAAAGAAACUAAAGAAGAAAUAGCACAGAGAAAAGAAUUUGCGAGGCAAAGUUUGGCACCAAAGAAAGAGAUCGAUUUAGAAAUUAACGAGACUGAUUAUUUCACUAAUUUAGAUUUUCCAAAAAGGCCUGAAUGGAAUUUUAGUUUAGGAAAAAAUGAGCUUGAAGUUCAAGAAAAUAAAUAUUUUACUGGGUAUCUAAAAGAAAUAGAAAGUAAAUUUGAUUGGAAGGACUUAAGUUUAUUUGAAUUGAAUUUGGAAACUUGGAGGCAGUUAUGGAGAGUGCUAGAAAUGUCUGAUGUAGUAUUAUAUAUUGUAGAUAUACGGUACGCGGCACUUAUGUUUCCCCCUUCAUUAUAUGAUUAUGUGACCAAUACAUUAAAAAAAGGAUUUAUAUUGGUAUUAAAUAAAAUUGAUUUAGCUCCAGCUUCAUUAGUUGUUGCCUGGAAACAUUACUUUCAAGAAAAAUAUCCUAAUUUACAAAUUGUAAUGUUUACUACCUUGCCAGGAUAUAACUUAAUUGGAAAACAGUCUGAUGCAGCAGGAUUGCAGGUUAGAAGACGAAGGGGAAAAAUACGGAUGGCAGCCGAGGGAACUUUGCAGAUUUUAGAGGAAUGUAAAAAAUUGGUGGGCACCAAUGUUGAUCUAACAAGUUGGGAAAACAAGAUCAAAGAAGAAACGAAUGAAGAACUUAAAGCAUCAGAGUCAGAUGAUGAGAAAGUGGAAGUGGGAGAAACUAUACAGUUAAAAAAUCCCGACACUGAUUAUUUUGAAUAUGAAAAAUUUAAAAGUGGGGUCUUAACGAUCGGUUGCAUAGGCCAACCAAACGUAGGGAAGUCCUCCUUAAUGAACGCCAUCAUGGGGAAGAAAGUAGUAAGUGUUUCCAAGACUCCUGGCCACACUAAACACUUCCAAACAAUUUAUUUAACUCCCAAUGUGAAACUGUGCGAUUGCCCUGGAUUAGUAUUUCCUUCGAAGGUAUCUAAGCCGUUGCAAGUCUUAAUGGGAAAUUUUCCCAUUGCUCAGCUAAGGGAACCGUUUACUACAGUAAAGUACCUAGCGGAAAGGUUAGAUUUGGUGUCUCUGUUGAGAAUUGAUCACCCAGAUAACGAUGAUACUUGGUCUGCGAUGGAUAUCUGUGAUGGAUGGGCUAAGAAGAGGGGAUAUCUAACAGCUAAAGCAGCUAGAUUAGACUCGUAUCGAGCUGCAAAUAGUAUAUUAAGAAUGGCUUUGGAUGGUAAAAUAUGUCUGUGUCUUAGACCUCCUUCGUAUUCCUCCAAAAAAGAAUAUUGGGAGUCGCAUCCAGAUAUCAAGACGGUAAGAUGGAUUCAAGCCAGGUCAACAGACGAUAGCACCGAAACAGAACGUGCCGUUAAUAUAUCUGAUUUGUCAGAUAAUGAAGAGGUAUUGGAAGCGGGAGAAGAACGUGAAUCCGAGGGCAACACAAACAGUGACGAAGAAGGUAGUGAAGAUGGAGGAGAGGAAGAACCUGUUAACUUUGCUAGUAAUAAAUUUGCAGCUUUGAGUACUGAUGAUUAAUUGCAAGGCUAUGAUUUCAUAUAUUAUACAAGGUAUUGUUGCAUAUUGUUAUUUUUAGAUGAAGCCGUUUUGCUUUUGUUUAUCUAUGAAAAUAAAACUAAUUUUUCAAA